AUCCGUAACCCCUUAUCCUCAAACCACAACUUACACCGAUACGACGUAGUUCCUUAGCCCGUCUUUCUUGCCCUUCAUCAUCGUUAUCUGCAAAUCUCCAUUAAACAAGAAGUUCGUUUUUUCUGUAUUUUGCAAUAAAGAUGGAAACUUUAAUGGUUUCCUCAAUCUCUUAUUGUUGUUUAACUAAACUCAACUCAAGAAACUUCAAUCUAUCUUCUUUAUUUUCUCCAAGUUUCCCCAAUUCAAUUUCCCCAAAUUCAUUUCCAUGUUCUAAUUUUUCAACACACAGAAGAGCCAGAACAAACAAAAGAACCCAAAUUAUUUCUAAAUCCGCAACUCAAGACGAGUGGCUCAAGAGUUUGCCCGACAAGAAGAAGCCAUUAUACUCACACAGCUUACCUUGCGUCGAGGCGUGGUUGAAGCAAUUAGGGUUUUUUCAGAGCAACGACGAUAGAGCUGUUUGGUUUAUUGAAAAACCAGAUUGGCAUGCGAAGCUCUCUCUUGAUGUCACAGACCUUUAUAUCAGGUAUCUAAAGAGCGGGCCUGGAAAUCUGGAUAAAGAUAUGGAGAGAAGAUUUAGUUAUGCAUUAAGCAGAGAAGAUAUCGAGAAUGCUAUACUUGGAGGACCUUGAUCUAGUUGAAAAAAUGAUUCCAUAAUUUCUGAGUUUUUAGUUGUUUGCAGAUCGUUAAUUGUCUGUUCAUUGGGUUGAAUGAAUAAUUAUUUGUUGAUGCUA